ACCCGGAUGCGAAAGGCGCCGCCUUCCGGAGCACUCCCGGGGAGGGGAGCGGCGUGCAGAGAUCGUGUUGCUUCUUCUUCCGCCCGGCUCGUGGUGGGAUAAAGAGGGCGGCCUUGGGGUCGCACCAUGGCGGUCCCAAUGGAGACGCAGUUGCAAAGCAUCUUCGAAGAGGUGGUGAAAACAGAGGUCAUAGAGGAAGCUUUUCCUGGCAUGUUUAUGGAUACACCAGAAGAUGAGCGAACUAAAUUAAUCAGCUGUUUGAGUGCCUUUCGACAGUUCUGGAGCAAUCUUUCCCAGGAGUCUCAUGAACAGUGUGUUCAGUGGAUUGUAAGGUUCAUACAUAGUCAACAUAGUCCUAAGAGAAUUUCUUUUCUAUAUGACUGUUUAGCAAUGGCUGUGGAGACUGGAUUACUGCCACCCAGAAUGGUUUGUGAAUCUCUGCUGAAUUCUGACAAUCUGGAAUGGGAAAGGACACAGCUUUGGUCUCUGACAUUUAAGCUUGUUCAAAAAAUAAUUGGUGGUGUAGACUACAAGGGUGUACGAGACCUUUUGAAGGGUAUCCUAGAGAAAAUCCUAACUAUUCCUAACACCGUGAGCUCUGCUGUUGUGCAGCAACUAUUAGCAGCAAGAGAGGUUGUUGCAUAUAUUUUGGAAAGGAAUGCAUGCUUAUUGCCUGCUUACUUUGCAGUCACAGAAAUCCGAAAGUUGUAUCCUGAAGGAAAACUUCCUCACUGGACGUCAAAACAUACUUCCACAGUUUGGUUAGCAGUUCUUCCAAAUAGAAAUCAAAGAUCUUCUUCAGUAUCAAGCAUGUGAAGUCCUUGCAACUGUUAAUAUAUACAAUGCCAAUUUGAUACAUUUUGAAGGAAUAUACUUUAGUGAAGUUCAAUAAAAAUAUCUCGGGAUGGAAUGGGUUUACAAAUUUCAGAAUUUUUUAAUAGUUUGAAAUAGAAAAUUUAGUCUUGGUAGAAUAUUCGUUUUAACUUCUGCAAUUCUUUUUAACCAAGACUAAUUUAAUUUCUUUCAUCUUGAAAUUUCUGUUAUAUGUUUCCAAUUUGAUAAUUAUUCUGGAAUAGAAUUUUAUUGUUUUUUGCCAAAAUGAUUCCUAAAUAUUUGAUCUUUUUAGCAGUAGUAAUAAAGCCUGUUAAUCAGUACACAAAUUAUUGUUCAUCCUCUGUCAAAUUCCAUGUCAGCACUUGAGUUUCCUCUUUACGGAUUUCUGUAUCCUGACACCAAGCCAUGUUGUUGUAUAUGUUCCAUCAGCAUUAUUAAGGAGACUCUGGGCUGAGUGAUUGUUAGUAUAAUGUCAUCAACAAAUAAUUUCAAUUUGUUGUUCUUGUGCAGAUAAUUUGACUCCUGAGAUUCUUUUUUUUUUUAAUGUAUUUGAA